CUCCAGAAACGGCGGGAGAGAGAGAUUCAGCAGCAGAUGGAAAGUCGAGACGAGGAGACCCUAGAGCUUAAGGAGACGUACAGCUCCCUGCAGCAAGAGGUGGACAUUAAAACUAAAAAACUUAAAAAGCUGUUUUCUAAGCUUCAGGCAGUGAAGGCCGAGAUCCACGACCUCCAGGAAGAGCACAUCAAAGAGCGACAAGAGCUGGAGCAAACUCAGAACGAGCUCACCCGGGAGCUAAAGCUCAAGCACCUGAUUAUUGAAAACUUUAUUCCCCUGGAAGAAAAGAACAAGAUCAUGAAUAGAUCGUUCUUCGAUGAGGAAGAGGACCAGUGGAAACUACAUCCCAUCACCCGAUUGGAGAAUCAACAAAUGAUGAAGCGGCCGGUAUCAGCCGUGGGGUACAAGAGGCCCCUCAGCCAGCACGCCCGGAUGUUCAUGAUGGUCCGCCCGGAGGCUCGGUACAGGGCAGAAAACAUUGUGUUGCUGGAGCUGGAUAUGCCCAGCCGAACGACCCGGGACUACGAGGGCCCCGCCAUCGCCCCCAAGGUCCAGGCAGCUCUGGAAGCGGCUUUGCAGGAUGAAGAUGAGAUCCAAGUGGACGCCUCCACGUUUGAGAGCACGUCCAAUAAGAAGUCAAAAUCCAGGUGAGCUUUGAUUUGGGGC